UUCUCCCUCUUGGCUCGGCGAUCAGACCAGCUAGUUAGCCGAUAGCUAACUACCGUUGGCGGAGUUUCUUUAUAUUGCCCACCCACCUCUCACACACACGGUUCGAAGGACUCGGUUAUCAUCAACUCUGUUUUAUUGUCUCAUUCAAAAGGAUAUAAUUCAUCCCCCGACGACGUUUUCCUCUCCGGUACCGGAGAAAACAGCCGAGCCAUGUACAAUGGGAUCGGCCUGACGACCCCGCGGGGCAGCGGCACCAACGGCUACGUGCAGCGCAACCUGUCGAGCCUGCGGGUGAAGCGGCCGCGGGACGAGCGGGGCGGCGAGCGCGACGAGAAGGACCGCGAGAGGCUGGAGAGCCAGCUCAACAGGCAGCCCAACGCCGACAUCCUGGAGCACCAACGCAAGAGGCAGCUGGAGGUCAAGUGCGCCGAGCUGCAGGACAUGAUGGAGGAGCAAGGGUAUUCGGCCGAGGAGAUCGAGGAGAAGGUGAACAGCUUCCGUAUGAUGCUGCAGGAGCAGCAGGAGCCGGCCGCCGCCGCCACGGACCGACCCACGGCCACGGAGACUCACGCUCUGGCUGCAGCCAACCAGCAGAAGAACGACCGUCUUCGCGCCGCGUUCGGCAUCUCCAGCGACUACGUGGACGGCUCGUCCUUCCACGCCGACCGCAAGGAGCGGGAGAAGGAGAAGAAGGAGCAGGACCGCCUGGAGAGGGAGCGGCAGCAGCAGCAGCAGAAAUACACGUUGGUGGAGGAUUCAGAGAAUUCAGAUUCUCCUCCCAAGAAGCGCAGUCGGAAGAAGAAAAAGAAAAACAAGAACAGAGACAGCAGCUCAGAGAGUCAGUCUCCAUCUCCUCGACGAGAGAAGAAGAAAUCCAAAAAGAAGAAGAAGAAACGCGAGGCGUCUGAAGACGAGGAGGAGGACGACAGCUCUUCAGAGGACGCCAAGAAGAAAACCAAGAAGAACCAAAGCUCCAGUCCGCCCACGGCGAAGGCCGCGCGGCACAUCAGCGUCUCCUCCGGCUCGGCGCGCAGCCAGUCUCCGCCCCCUCUGAGGUCACGGCAACAGGACCAAACCGCCAGGAGAGGGGACGAAGGAAGAAAGGGGAGAUCCCCGGAGAGGAGGAGACGGGGACACGAGGAGAGCAGCCCUCCUCAUCAGGGAGGAGAAGCGAAGAGGCCCCACCCCGAGAGGGAAAAGGAGAAGACCUCCAAGAAGAGACACAACUCUUCAUCGCCUUCUCCUCCACCGCCGCCAGAUAAAAGCAGGGAGAGGGAGAAAGGGAGGCGUUCAAGGAGCAGGGAGGUGGAGAAGGAGAGAGGAAGGAGCCCCCGAAGCAGAGAGGUGGAGAGGGGGAGGCGUUCGAGGAGCAGAGACAACGAGAGGGGGAGGGGGAGGCGUUCGAGGAGCAGAGACAACGAGAGGGGGAGGCGCUCCAGGAGCCGAGAUGGGGAGAAAGGCAGCCUUCCAAAAAGCAGAGACGUGGAGAAAGGGAGGCGUUCAAGAAGCAGAGAGAGGAGGGACAAAGGAAAGGAGAGUGCUCCUCAGAGGACCAGGAAUGACCCGUCUUCAUCCCCUUCUCCUCCUCCUCCCAAACAGGAAACUAGGACGGAAAGGAGUAGAGACACUGAGCGGGAAAAAGACCGGAAUAAACAGGACAAGAAGACGAGACGUGGCUCCUCCUCCUCCUCCUCCUCCUCCUCUUCGCCUCCCCCUGUGAAGGAGAGGCCUCGGAGAGAGAGGAGCGAAGAGAAGGAGCGUCGGACCGACUCCAGGAGAGACACCGGUAGGAGGCAGGAGAAGGAGGCGUCUCCUUUCCAACAGAAGAAUGACCGCAGGAGGGACGGAGGACAGCCGUCCCCCGUCGCCAAUGGCCGUCAGAGAGAGAGGGAGGACGAGAGGAGGAGAGGAAAAGAAGGAGAGAGCCUGAAGGAGAAGGAGCGGCUUCCCAACAGGCAGAGGGAACAGGAGCGAGCUCCAGAAGGAUGCAGGAAAGGAGACGAGGAUGCAGAAAGGAGGAGAGACGGGUCGAGGGCCACCGAGAAAGGCGGGAGACCGGAGAAGACGAGGAGCCCUCCUCCUCCUCCCCCUCCUCCCAAGGAGAAACCAGAUGAGGAGGAGAAACCGGCUGAGAAGAAGCGGGAGAGCAGCAGUAGCAGCAGCAGCAGCAGCAGCGGUAGUGACAGCGACAGCUCCUCCUCCUCUUCAUCCUCGUCCUCUGAAGACGAGGCCAAGAAGAAGAAGAAGUCUGCGCCGGAGGCGACGGGGAAAAGCGCCCCGGCCGCCAUCGGCGCCGCGGUGGAAAGGUAUUUGGCCAACGGUAGAAGAGAAAGCCCCGCCUCCGGGGGCGACGGGCCGCCGAGAGCCCAGAAGGAGAGAGAAGGAGACAAGAAGGAGAGGGAGAGGGAGAGGGAGAGGCCUCCUGCAGAGGGCAACCAGAAGAAAGGCCAGGAGCGCUACAGCCCCACCCAGAUGGACAGCCCCAGUCCUCCUCCGCCGGCGCCCGGCAGAGCGGACGCCGGCAAGGACGCCGAGGGGGAGAGGACCAGGGCGGAGGCCAAGGGCGGGGAAAGGGAGCGACGGGGGGAGGGGGAGGCGGCCAGGAGGCCCGCCGGCUCCACGGCCAGGAGGUCACGCUCCCCGGCCCAGAAGACCACCGGCGCCUCCCAGGCCCGGCGCACUCCACCCAGGCAGUACCAGGAACCCCAGACCAGAUCCAGGAGAGCUUCUCCUCCUCCGGCCUGGUCCAACCGGGACAGGGAGAGAGACAGAGACAGGGAGAGAGACAGGGAGAGAGAGAGAGUCAGAGACAGGGAGAGAGAGAGAGACAGAGACAGGCAGAGAGAGAGAGAACGGGUUCCCAACAGGGGGGGCCGGUCCAGAAGCCCCAGAAGGCGCAACAGGUCCAGGUCUAGAAGCCAGAGGCGGCCGAGUCCCCCCAACAGGUCGCGGCGCUCCCCGUCUCCCCCGCGCCGCAGGAGGAGCAGUCGCUCCCUCUCCAGAGAGCGGGCGAGAGAGAGAGGCCAGGAGAGGACCCGGCAGAGGGAGGCGGAGCAAGAGAGAGAGCGGGUGAAGGAGCCCCUCCCCCCGAAAGAUGUUCCCCCGCCCACCAGGUCCUCCUCCUCUUCCUCCUCUUCCUCCUCCGGCUCCUCCUCUUCCUCCUCAUCCUCGCCUUCACCCCAGCGAGAGAAGAAAGACGCCAAAGCGCCGCCGAAGGCGGAGGAUGAGGAGGGGGCGGACCGGGAGCAGAAGAGCCGCCCCCCGUCCUCACAGGGCGCCUCCAGAGACUCCUCCCACGCCCCGCCCUCAGGGAGGAGGGGCUCCCAGUCCGACUCCCGGCGUGCCGACGUUCCCUCCAGCAGGUCUCCUGCUCCUCCCGCCGCCAGCCAACCAGAAGCCAAACCGCCGUCUCGAGGUGCGAGCAGGAAGUCGGCGGCCGCGGCCGCUCAGCCGCCAGAGCAGCCAAUGGGGAGCGAGAGCGCCGUGAACGGGAAGGAGGCGAGCGCCAACAAGAAAGCCAGCCGGAGCAGCAGCAGCAGCUCCUCCUCCUCGUCCUCCUCCUCUUCCUCCUCCUCGUCCUCCUCUUCAGACAGCUCCGACUCCGACGUGGAGCCAGGAAAAGGGAAGCCGGUCAAAGCUCAAAGCUCUCCGUCCUCGUCCUCCUCAUCGGAGAAUGAAAAGGAAACUAAGAAAAAGAGCCCCGCCCUGCAUCAGAGGGUGCCCGCCGAUUCGCUGAGAGACUCCCGCUCGCUCAGUUACUCUCCUCCCAAGUACAUGAGAGCGGCACCGCCCUCGCCGAGCCGCAGGAGCGGCAGCAGAGCGUCUCCGAGCCGCUCGUCCAGCAGCAGACGGAGGAAAUGAGCCGGUUCCCUCCGGCCGGGUCCCGUCUGUGUAUGGGGGGGGGGGGCUCAGAACCAGUGCCCUCCUCGGCCUCCACGACCACGCGGCUGGCUUGUACAUUUAUUUUUAUGAGUGAUAAAGUCCCCAGUAAGAAGUGAGCUGUGCGAUGUCCCUGCGUCCCUGUGUGUGGCGUCGUCCCUGUAGAUAUGAGCGGGCUUUUGUUUAUCGUCAUGUAACGAGUCAACUUUCCAUUUAAUGUGAGCAGGAACUGAAACAUGCUUAAUUUCUUUGUUGAAAAUGGUUAAUAAAAGACAAUUGUACAUUU